CAUGGCCGACGCUGAGAAAGUGCCCAACCCUUACUUCCGUUGCCUUUGAUCAGCCGGCCAUUCCCCGUCGCCUUCGCCGUCUCCGUCGCCUUCGCCGUCUCCGUCGCCUUCGCCGUCUCCGUCGCCCUUGCCGUCGCCGGCGUUAAGCAGAUUGAUUAGCAAGGAAAGAGUUGAUUGCAAGAUUUGAACUUGAUGAUGAUGAUGAACAUGACAAAGCCUGGAAUGGCUCGAGCUAUUAGAUUAUGUGGAUAGGUGGUCUGGCUUUGCCACAAAAUAUAGAGAUGAAUGUUCAAACUUGCAUGGAGUCAAGUGACUCACCAGGGAUGCUUCCACCUCCACCUGGAACCUUUGUAGAUCGUGAAGAACUUAUUCAACAUGUUGGUGAGUUCGCUGUGUCUCAGGGAUAUGUGGUAACUAUUAAGCAAUCCAAGAGGGAUAGAGUGGUCGUCCUUGGUUGCGACAGGGGAGGUGUUUACCGUAAUAGGCGUAAAACUGUUGAUGAGUCCUCCGCUGAGCACACUCGCAAAAGAAAAACAGGCUCCCGGCUAACAAAUUGCCCUUUUGAAGCUGUGGGUAAGAAGGAUGAUGGCUUGUGGGUACUUACCAUUCGAAAUGGAACACACAACCAUGAGCCCCUAAGUGACAUUUCAGAACAUCCUUCUGCUCGUCGCUUUACGGAGAGAGAAGUUUUGCUAAUUAAGGAGAUGACAGAUGCUGGCUUAAGACCUCGCCAAAUAUUGAAGAGACUCAGACAAAGCAAUCCAGAUCUAUUAUCCACGCCAAAACAUGUUUACAAUGUUAAAGCGAAAAUUAGACAAGGAAAUGUAACAGUGAGGAACUUUAAAUCAUUGAGACCUCAAAAAUCUGCUGUGAGUAACGAUUACCCUGCAAGCAAUCCCUCUUCUAGGCAACGCGACCCUUUGAGGGUUCCCAAUCUCAUCGGUGGUAGAUUUGUUGAUUCACAAUCUUUUGCCUCUAUUGAUGUUAUCAACCCGGCAACACAGCACAUUGUUUCUCAUGUUCCUUUAACAACAAGUGAAGAGUUCAAAGCGGCAGUAUUUUCAGCUAAGCGCGCUUUUACUCCAUGGAGAAACACACCAAUUAUGAAUCGUCAACGCAUUAUGUUCAAAUUCCAAGAACUUAUCCGAAGAGACAUCGAUAAGCUUGCAAUGUGCAUUACUACAGAACAUGGCAAAGCGUUGAAGGAUGCAUAUGGUGAUAUAUUACGUGGGCUAGAGGUGGUGGAACAUGCCUGUGGCAUGGCAACCCUGCAAAUGGGAGAGUUUGUUUCCAAUAUAACUAAUGGAAUUGAUACAUACAGCACUAGAGAGCCUCUUGGUGUUUGUGCUGGGAUCUGCCCCUUUGAGUUUCCAGCUAUGAUUCCCUUAUGGAUGUUUCCUGUUGCAGUCACAUGUGGCAAUACAUUUGUUCUAAAGCCAUCAGAGAAAGAUCCAGGGGUUUCUUUGAUGCUGGCAGAGUUAGCAAUUGAAGCUGGUUUGCCUAAUGGUGUCUUAAAUAUUGUUCAUGGAACUAACGAUAUCGUCAAUGCUAUUUGUGAUGAUGACAACAUCAGAGCUAUUUCAUUUGUUGGACCAAGUAGGGAUGGUGCUUACAUUUAUUCAAGAGCAUCAGCCAAAGGGAAACGCAUCCAGUCCAACGUUGGAGCCAAAAAUCAUGCAGUUGUUAUGCAUGACGCAAGCAUGGAUGCUACCUUAAAUGCACUUGUUGCUGCUGGUUUUGGUGCCGCUGGACAAAAGUGCACGUCAAUCAGUGUUAUUGUUUUUGUUGGAGGCAUAAAUCCAUGGGCGGAUAAACUAGUGGAGCGUGCUAAAGCCCUUAAAGUUAAUGCUGGAACAGAAACGGAUGUAGAUCUUGGUCCGGUGAUAAGCAAGCAGGCAAAGGAGCAAAUCUGCCGAUUGAUCCAAACAAGUAUUGAAAGUGGUGCGAAACUUCUGCUUGAUGGAAGAAACAUUGUGGUUCCGCAAUAUGAGCAUGGCAACUUCAUUGGUCCCACCAUCUUAUCCGACAUCACUGUUAACAUGGAAUGUUAUAGGGAGGAACUUUUGGGCCCAGUCCUCCUCUGUAUGCAGGUCGCGAGCAUUGAGGAGGCCAUACACAUCGUUAACAGAAAUGAAUACGGCAUUGGAGCUUCAAUAUUUACAACAUCCGGUAUAGCAGCAAGAAAAUUCCAAGCUGAGGUUGAAGUCGGGCAAGUUGGCAUUAAUGUUCCUAUCUCAGUCCCACUGCCCCUUUCCUCAUUUACAAGCUCCAGGCCAUCUUUUGCCGCUGAUCACAACUUCGAUGGUAAGGCAGGAAUUCAGUUUUACACCCAAGUAAAGACUGUUACUCAACAAUGGAAGGAUUUAUUGGGCAGUGAUGGUGGAGCCUCUGUGGCACUGCCAAGUUCAUAG